CUCUCCGUCUCUUCGCCUCUUCAUCUCUCCCUCCCUUUCCUUCUCCCUCCCCCCUUCUCCCCCCCCCUUCUUCCUUCCUUAUCCUCUCUCCCCAUCUGUCUCCCUUAUCCAGGGAAUUCCGCCAUCAUGGUGUUAGCCAAAUCCAAAAACUCCGUCGGGCUGGGCAACAGCCUGAUGAACGACCGCUUCGGCAAAGGCAAGACCUCCGCUAUGAAGAAGGCCUCCCACAAUGCCGCCAUCGCCCGUAAGAACGAAAAGGGUGAGACUUACAUCACCAACGCCCCCACCGAGGCCGCCUGGGUCAAGAUGCGCAGUAUUACCGAGCAAGCCGCCCUCGACGAGUUCCUCAGCACCGCCGAACUGGCCGGCACCGAUUUUACCGCCGAGAAGAUGAACAACGUCAAGAUCAUCCACACCGACCAGAAGAACCCCUACCUGCUGUCCGCCUCCGAGGAGAAGUCCGCCGUCAAGAAGCACCAGAAGAACAAGGGCCGUCUGACCGUCCCCAGACGGCCCAAAUGGGACCAGACCACCACCCGCCAGCAGCUCGAGCUGAUGGAGCGCGAGAGUUUCCUCAGCUGGCGCCGCGGCCUGGCUGAGCUGCAGGAGAACCACGAUCUGCUGAUGACUCCCUUCGAGCGCAACCUGGAAGUCUGGCGUCAGCUGUGGCGUGUCAUCGAACGCUCCGACCUUGUCGUCCAGAUUGUCGAUGCCCGUAAUCCCCUGCUCUUCCGCUCCGAGGAUCUGGAGGCCUACGUCAAGGAGAUCCACCCCGAGAAGCGCAACCUGCUGCUCGUCAACAAGGCCGAUAUGCUGACUGAAAAACAACGAUCCGCUUGGGCCGACUACUUCGAGAGACACAAUAUCAGCUUCCGGUUCUUCUCCGCCCACAUGGCCAAGGAGCGCAACGAACUCCUCCAGCAGGACCUCGGAUCCGAUAUCGAAAGCGAUGAGGAGGAGGAGGAGGAGGAGGAGGAGGAGGAAACCCCCGCGGAGGAACAGCUGGCUGAGGGCGCCAAGUCUCUGAACAUCCAGGACGGCGAGCCCGCCCCGGAGCCCCAAGAAGAGCACGACGGAGGUCUCGAACUGAACCCUGGCGCCAGCUCCAGCGCAUCCCGACGGACUGAGAUCCUCAACGUCGAAGAGCUCGAGGAGCUCUUCCUUUCCAACACGCCCGACACGCUCCCUGAGAACAACACUACCGACGGCCCGACCAAGGCGAAGACGGUCAUCGGUCUGGUCGGAUACCCCAACGUGGGUAAAUCCAGCACGAUCAACGCCCUGCUCGGCGCCAAGAAGGUGUCCGUGUCCGCCACCCCCGGUAAAACCAAGCACUUCCAGACGCUGUACCUGUCCCCCGAGAUCAUGCUCUGCGAUUGCCCCGGUCUCGUGUUCCCCAACUUCGCCACCACCAAGGCCGAGCUCGUCGUCAACGGUGUCCUCCCCAUCGACCAGCAGCGCGAGUUCACCGGCCCCGCCGCCCUCGUCGCCCAGCGUAUCCCCAAGCACUUCGUCGAGAAUGUCUACGGUAUCAAGGUCAACACUCGCCCCCUCGAAGAAGGCGGCACUGGCAUCCCCACCGCCAACGAGCUCCUCCGCGCCUACGCCCGCGCCCGCGGUUUCGCCACCCAAGGCCAAGGUCAACCUGAUGAGUCGCGCGCGGCCCGUUACGUCCUGAAGGACUACGUGAACGGCAAGCUUCUCUUCUGCCACCCGCCCCCUCCCGCCCAGGAAGGCGCCGACCCCAUCGACCCUCUCGAAUUCAACCAAGAUCUCUACGACAUGGCGCACCUCCCUCCCCGCCGGCAAGCCCAACUCGCCAAACUCCUCCAAAACGACGAGUCCGUCGACCCAGACACCCUCGCCCUCCUCCUGACCAGCCAACAACCCCUCCCUGGCCCUCGCUCCCGCAGGCUCGACACCGGCUUCUUCGGCCCCGGCGCCAAAACCACCACGGGCCGUCUCACCCUCCCCUUCAACGCACAGUACACCGAGCAAGGCCAGGAAAUGCGCAAGCAGCUGACCGGCCGCAAGGAGCGCAUGAUGGUCGCGCUCGAGCGCGGCGUGGAUGUCUCCGAGGUGCGCAACGGGUCCUCGAAGAAACAUUUCAAGGCCAACAAGCGCCGCGCUAAGAAGGUGCGCAAGAACACCGCCAAUGAUGACGAUUAUUAAGCGGGCUCGCGGGCGAGAUACCUUUUUCUGUUUCCUUUGGCAUUUAAUAGCUUUCCUUUGGGUGUGCGGUUGAAAAGUCUGCUUCGGAUAGGGUUUUCUUUUUCUUUGCUAUGUUAUGUGGUGGUGGCAUUUCUUCACUACUUACGACUACUGAGGGGGAUGGUGAGUUGAGAAGUACGUAUAGAGGGAGGGAAGUCGAGGUUUCGUAUAUCCAUUACUGUCAUUGUUCUUGUUAGAGAUAUUAUGGUCUGCUAUGGUGUGCAUGAUGAAUAUGAUUCAUGACGUGUUUUUUCACCAUUCAUUCAUGUCAAGAAUGCGUUUCGCAAUAUUAUCCUUCAUAGCAUGGCUCUUCUAUGUCAAUCCAACUCCCUACUCGUGGAAGGUAUAAGGCAGAUCCCGGAGUCGCUACCCCUUGAAAUCGGGUCCCUUUGAAGAAUCCGCCAACUCACACAUCCCAAAACAUAAUUUACAACAGCACGAACACCACA